AUGUCUAACAAGGGUACUGGACAUCAAUUGAAGGAAAAUGGAAAUUCUGGCAUCUCGAGAGAAAACCGGGAUAGAAUAAAAAAUAGCCGCACGGAAGGACGCAGAAAUACAUCUGAAGUAAAGAACCAUUUGAAGGGUGUCACUAAAAGCAAAACAUCGAAUGGAAAAAUGACGAAUGCCGUACCAAAAGUGAACCACAAAUGCCGUACCACAAAUGCUAAUUCUAAUCCUUUACUUCUGUUUCCCAGCGGAGAAAGACUGAAGGAAUUAGACAUGGCAUAUGAAGGAGCAAUGGAUCUUUUAAGGAUCCUUGAUGAAGAUGGUGUCAACAGAAGGAAAGGUCGAUCUAAACGCAAAACGGACAUGCAAAACGAAGUUGACAUGGCGUAUGAAGGGGCCAUGCAACUAAUAGCAAAUGAAAGUAAUAGCCACAUUGCGUCCCAUGUUGGAAAUGCUGGCCCUAGCAAUGGAGGAGCUGAAGUAGGACGUUCAUGGCAGCAGCAGCGGCAGCACCGGCUCGACAAGUUGAGUUUGGUAGAUGAGAUGGCGCCAGAGUAUCAACCGUUCCAGAGUUGUCGAUCUGUAGACGAGUUCCAAUAUCUCUACAGAAUUGAUGAAGGAUCAUUUGGAACUAUCCAUGGAGCCAAGGACAGACGGACGGGGGAAUUGGUAGCCCUCAAACAGCUUAAAAAAAUAAACGAAACGGAAGGAUUCUCUAUCGCCGCUCGGAGAGAGCUUGGAAUACUGCUGAAGAUGCGGCAUCCCAACAUCGUCGCAGGCCGAGGAAUAGCGUCGAGUUCCGGAAACGAGCAUGUGUUUAUAGUCAUGGAGCUCGUUGAUUACGACUUAAAAACUUUUAUGGAGACAAUGAAAGAAAACAAGCAAAUGUUUUCAGUCGAACACGUGAAAUGCCUAAUGACGCAACUGCUAAGCGCUGUACAACAUCUACACAACCAUCACAUGAUACAUCGCGAUCUCAAAACCCACAAUAUAUUAUUAUCAAACGAAGGUGUAUUAAAAGUGGCAGAUUUUGGGAUGGCCCGAGAAUAUGAAUUCUCCCCUCGGCAAUAUACGCCAGACGUAGUUACGCGAUGGUACCGUGCGCCUGAACUGCUGCUGCUUUCGAAAGAAUACUCCGCUACUGUCGACAUGUGGAGUGUUGGAUGUAUAUUCGAUGAACUAAUAACCUUGCGGCCACUAUUUCCCGGCAGAUGUGAGUUGGAUCAGAUAAUCAAAAUAUUUGUGGAUCUGGGAACGCCUUCAGACACGAUUUGGCCCGGUUACAGCGCAUUACCAAUGGUAAGAAACAUUGUGUUCAACGACUAUCCACCGGGCGGGUUGCGUAAAAAGAUAAGUCGCAAUCUGUUGUCUGAAGACGGGCUAUAUUUAUUGCAAGAUCUUUUAAUCUAUGAUCCUGCAAAAAGAACAACAGCAGCAGCUGCUUUAGAGCACCCAUACUUCAAAGAGCAACCGGAGGCGAUGGAGCCGGCCAUGUUCCUGAAGUCGCCUGCUCGCUGA